AUGUCCGACUACGCUUCCAGCUCGUCCCGGCCUGGUUCGCCUGUUGGCGAGCUGCCUGCUCUUCCGAAUGCAGUUACGAGUUCGUUCAGAUUCACGUGGGAUGAGGCUUACAAGCGAGGACCCGGUAGUGUCUCCGAGUCGACGGAAGGACGCGGAGGUGAUUACCUUGGUUUAGGUCCCAUGGUGGGUCCAUACGGAGAGGUUCAUACGCCGUCUGGCGCAAAUCUCGCGUUGGCUGGGAUAUCCAAUGUUGGUGGUGUGGGUGCGGAUUGGACGAGCUCGGUACAUGGGUUCCAUGCCAUAUCCACUGUCCUGAACAACCCUCAUAAGAAGCAGGCACCUCCAAAGGCUCACUCCGCUCUUCCCGCAGUACCGCCUGCAGACCUUCCCAGAGUGCGGCGAAAGGACUUCGACGCGUAUCUGAAGUCUGUCGCGCCAGAGUGGGACAACUUUGUCCGGAACGCAGAGCAAGGGCGGGAAGGCAUUGCGCGCAUCGGUGAGGCGAGCAGCGCCCCUCCGCAAGAUACGGAUGAGCCCAGGACACCUCGCCCAGGGCAGGCCAAAGCGCUACCACUGCUGGACUCGGUAUCCCCAGUAUACUUCGACAAGGAGUUCAAUCUAGGUGACCCCCGGACGUUCGCUACUGUGCUUCAACAAGACCCAUCCACCUCAACAUUCUCCACGCUCUCUGAGACACUCGACCCGACGACCUACCAACCUCCGCUAGACACACUGCCCACGUACCUCGACACGAUUGAGCAACAUCUCAUACGCGAAAUUAGCAUACGGUCGCACAGCUUCUUUGCCGCUCUCUCAAAUUUGCAGGACCUCCAAAGCGAAAGUGCUGGAUGUCUGACCCGGAUAUCUUCGUUGCGCGGUCUGCUGAAACAAGUUGACGAUGGCACAGCGAAGAAGGGUCUCGGUGUGGUGGUGUUGGAGGAGAGAAAGCGGAAUCUGGGAAAGGUGAGGCAAGCACUGGGGGAAGUUGCUGCAGUGCAGGAGAUGGUGGGCAUCGCGAAGGGGCUUGUCAAUGCUGGCCAGUGGGGCGAGGCGCUGGACGUCGUGGAGGAGUUGGAAAGGCUAUGGGACAGCGAGGACGAAUCGCAGACGCCAACGGCUCAUGUGGGAAAGAAGGAUACAGGUAGCAGGAGCUCAUCACUGCCAACCGUCCAAGAAGACGAGACUGAGGUAUCAAACGCAUCGGAACCGCAUUCUCCGCGCGAACCACUGUCCCAGUCACCCCUCGCAACGCAGAAACAGUUGCAAAAGCUCUCAGAACCGUCGUCUGUAACCACAGCACGCCCGUCGCUAUCUAUCCCGCUAUCUUCUCUAUCCGCAUUCUCGGCCCUUCCGUCACAACUGCAGGCCCUUACAUCUCAAAUCGCUACCUCAUUGUCAACGGAGCUGGUCUCUGUUCUUCGUAUUGAUCUUCUGGAUCGCAUUGACCAAAUAGUCAAGGAUGAUUUGAAGCAAAGAGAGCUGCAGAUGUCAUUCGGGGACCAAAUACGGCCUCUGCUGCAUGCGCUUGCAAGGACAGGUGCUGUACAAGAUGCCCUCAGGCAAUGGCGCGAAGUCGCGUGCGCAGAGGUUCGCAGCAUCUUGCAUCAGAACGUACCGAUUCUCGACCUCGGAGAUGAGACAGACCUGGCUUCAGCUCCAUCCACAGAACCCGUCAAAGCUAUCCGUGCCUUGGACCAUUCGAUAUUUUUAGGGCACGCCCAGACAAUGUACAGAGCCUUCUUGGGCAGUAUCGAAGGCAUUCAGGCCCAGAACGAAGUCAUCUUCGAAAUUGUGAACUCUGUCCUUCAGGCCCGACCCACCCCUCGCUCGCCUUCUACCCCUACGCCUGCGUCAUAUUCUCAGUCGACUGCGCUGACGCCGGUGCUUCAAGAAACACUGUCCACUGCUGCAGAGCUUGCAAAUGCUUGCGCUGCACGGGUGCUCACCGUGCGUUCAGAAGAGCACGCCAAACUCGACCUCUGGGAGUUCUACGAGCUGUUCAACAAGACAUGGGACUUCGUCGUGCGAAGCGAAGUGCUGAGUCGACGAAUGAUCGUCGGCUUGAGGGGUGCCAUCGUUGGGCAGUCGAAAGUCUUCCUCCAAAGCUUCCAUCAAUCACGUCUGAACGCCUCUUCGAAGCUAGUAGAAGACGAGCAGUGGAGCCCAGCCGAGGUCCCACCGACCGUGCAGAACAUUGUGAACCUCAUCGUAGAUGCCUCCAUCCGUGACCCCGUCGAGUUUAUGUUCGACCCGCCACCACGACCGGAGGGAACAGAGCCAGAGCCAACCUCACCACUACUCCAACCCAAGUCGCCGACGCUUAGUACUAAUGGUGGCUUGAUGCAACCGUCUUCCCCCGUUCCCUCGCCAAUAGUUCCACUCCAAAUGCCGUUGCACCUCACGCCCAAUCCCUCUAGCUCGCCGUCCGCGAAGCGGCGCUCUGCGUCACACUCUCCGGGUAAGCAUCUGCACAUCGAAGGACGGCACUUCUUCGCCGUCUCGGCUACGCUUGAGGUGCUUGUGCUCCUCGCAGAUUAUCUCAAGGUCAUUAUCAACCUCGAGACCCUUACGACCGACAGCGUGUCACGGACGAUCGAGCUGCUGAAGGCGUUCAACUCGCGGACAUGUCAGGUCGUCCUUGGUGCGGGUGCUAUGCGCAGUGCUGGUUUAAAAAACAUCACCGCAAAACAUUUGGCCUUGGCAUCGCAGAGCCUCUCGAUCAUGAUAUCACUUAUACCCUAUGUGAGAGAGACCUUCCGGCGCCACCUUAGCCAGAAACAAGCCGUCAUGUUGGUUGAGUUCGAUAAGCUGAAGCGGGACUACCAAGAGCACCAAAACGAGAUCCAUGCGAAGCUCAUUGCAAUUAUGAGCGACCGACUCAGUGCGCAUAUACGGACCCUGCAGACUGUCAAGUGGGACGUACCGAAAGAAGAUGGCGGCAUCAACGACUACAUGGAGUUGCUAGUGAAAGAGACCGUCACGUUGCAUAAAGUGUUGUCAAGGUACCUGGCUGUGUCAGUGGUUGAGGUGCGUCGUCUCCGCAUGAAUGAGAAGCAUGAUGUCUCACAGCGCGACGUCGAUUUAGUAUGUCAUGACUCAAGUGUUCGCUGCAAUCAACCAUCGACUGUCGGAAGAGUAUGCGGCCAUCGAUCUGCCGUCUCAGGAGGCAAAAGAGAGGUUAGUCUUGUUAACAUCGAAUUUACCCUUUCUCACGCCUUCUGCAGGUUACUCGCAGACGCCAAGUAUCUGCACGAGAAGCUCUCUGGUCUCAAGAAUGUUCGCGCACCCACGGCGAUGCUGGAGAUCGUCGUCAAUGAGAAGCGAGUUGCCCCGCCAGCGCCGACAUCACCGGCACCGCCGACGCCUGGGACGCCUUCGAUCAGCAACGUGUCGGAUCAGUCCCGCCCGGCAGCAGCCUCCCGCUUCGCGACCAUGUUCAGCAGAAUGGACGGCCUCAAGACCAAAGCCGCGACUCCCACGUUAUCUCCAGCGCCACAGCCUCAGCCCACGCCAGGGACGGCCACCCCAACCAGCGAGAGCGAGAAGGCACUGAACGCCCCGAGCCCCUCGCCCGAGCCUCGCGCCCUCUCGCCCGCGCCGCCGUCGCCGUCGCAGCAGCAGCAGCCGAACGGCCUCGGCUCCGCGCUGUACACGUCCGAGAACGGCUCGGCCUCGCGCACCUUCCUGUCGCCGACGCCGAACGGCCUCGUCGAGGAGCCGCAGGACAUGGACGGCACCGCGGGCAACGACAUCCCGCCGCACUCGCCGGCUGUUGCGCCGUACUCGCCGCCGCGCUCGCCGUCGAUACCGCUCCCGGGCAGUCGACCGGGCAGUCGGCCGGGCAGCAGGCCGCACUCGCCGCUGCCGAGGCCUGAGCCGAUACCGCUGCCUGAGGCGGAUGAUACGGACAUGGAGUGA